GUAUUUCUAUUCUUUCAAACAAUAACCAGUGUUUGAAUUAAUGUACUUAGAUCCAUUUCAUAUAGAGGAACCCAGUGAUGAAGCACCUCCAAGAUGAGUUGUUAUCUAAUCACCAGCUGAUAACAGAUGAGAGUGAAAUCAAGGAGAUGCGCAGUGAUGAGUCCUUUAUACUUUUCUUUCAUCAACUUCUCUUAUCUUUAAGAAGCUGCCGGCUGUUAAACACAUUAUUCACACUCACACAGAUAAGUCAAAGAGUAAUCUUUGUCCUCUGACUUAGUUAAUCAUUCAGCUCCGAGUCUGUGAAAGUUGAGAAGUUAAAGCCUGUGACGGGUAAAACUCAGAGAGGAUUCCUCCAUCAGUCGGGUGACAACAUGGACAAUAAACCUGCAGAAGAUACAUUCAGGGACAUAAGUAAUGAAAACCAAAGCAGUGGACUCAUGAUGAGGAUCAGGAAAUUUAACGCCAAGGAUGUUUUCACCUGGCAGUUGGCCAGGACGUUGGCCAUGGGUCAGGGCCUGGCUUGUCUCAUCUGUGGGACGGCCGUCACCUCUCAGUACCUGGCCACAAACUUCCGUGUGAACACACCGAUGCUGCAGAGCUUAUUGAACUAUGCUUUGCUUUUAGUCACCUACACCACCAUGCUGAUCUGCAGAACAGGGGAUGGCAAUAUUUUACAGAUUCUGAAGAGGCGGUGGUGGAAGUACCUUCUGCUGGGCCUGGUGGACGUGGAAGCCAACUACGCGGUGGUUAAAGCGUACCAGUACACCACCCUGACCAGUGUGCAGAUGCUGGACUGCUUUGUGGUCCCAGUCUUGAUGAUACUGUCCCGGUGGGUUUUGAAGACACGCUACAGGCCAGUCCACUAUGUAGGGGUCUGCAUCUGUCUCCUCGGGGUGGGGGCCAUGGUGGGGGCAGACCUGCUGUCUGAACGGGACCAGGGAUCCACCUCCAACAUCCUGUUAGGAGACGGUUUGGUGCUGCUCAGUGCUACACUGUACGCCGUGUCUAAUGUGUGUCAGGAAUACACGGUGAAGAAUCUGAGCAGAGAGGAGUUCCUGGGCAUGGUGGGCCUGUUCGGCACAGUGAUUAGCACUGCUCAGAUGGUGAUUCUGGAGCGUAAUGAAGUAGCUUCCAUCCAGUGGAGCUGGGAAGUGGGCCUCCUGUUCGCUGCCUUUGGGUUGUGCAUGUACACUCUGUACAGCUGUAUGCCCAUCGUGAUGAAGCUGAGCAGCGCCACCUCCGUCAACCUCUCCCUGCUCACCGCUGACCUCUUCAGCCUCUUCUGUGGGAUCUUCCUCUUCCAGUACAAGUUCUCUGCACUCUACCUGGUCUCACUGGUGGUCAUCCUCAUUGGCUUCAUCACCUUUAAUGCUGUGCCAACACCACAACCUGCCCCCUCCUCUUCCUCCUCCUCAUCCACCUGUGAGGAAGGAUCCUACGACACCUCUGUGACCACUGAUGAAGACAUCACAAAGCAGGAAGUUUCAGUCGCCAAUGAGAGCGAGGGAGAGAGGGACACCGAGAGGGAACGAGGGGGCAGAGAAAAUGAAGAAGAGGAUGUGAGGAAGAGGAAGAAAAGGAACGCUUUGGGGCCGACAAAGAGCCUUGAAGGAGGGGACGGUGAUGUAACUGUUGGGCGCAGCACUAAAAUGUGAACAGCAAUAAGCUGUCAAUAUAUCAUGUUUUAUAUUUUUAACACAUUUAUUUAUUGUUUUUAUAAAAUGGCAAACACUUGGAUGUACAAUACAGAAAUUA